AUGGCUACCUUGCCUGCCGAGCCGAGCGCGGGGCCGGCUGCAGGGGGGGAGGCGGUGGCCGCGGCGGCGGCCGAAGAGGAGGAGGAGGAAGCGCGCCAGCUCCUGCAGACGCUGCAGGCGGCCGAGGGUGAGGCGGCGGCGGCGGCCGGGGCCGGGGCGGGCGACGCGGCGGCGGGAGCGGAGGGCCCGGGGUCCCCGGGCGUUCCCGGGUCGCCCCUCGAGGCCGCUGCCGAGCCGCCCACGGGCCUCCGCUUCUCGCCGGAGCAGGUGGCGUGCGUCUGCGAGGCGCUGCUCCAGGCGGGCCACGCCGGCCGCCUGAGCCGCUUCCUGGGAGCGCUGCCCCCGGCCGAGCGCCUACGUGGCAGCGACCCGGUGCUGCGCGCCCGGGCCUUGGUGGCCUUCCAGCGGGGCGAGUACGCCGAGCUGUACCGGCUGCUGGAGAGCCGCCCCUUCCCCGCGGCCCACCACGCCUUCCUGCAGGACCUCUACCUGCGCGCGCGCUACCACGAGGCCGAGCGGGCCCGCGGCCGCGCGCUGGGCGCCGUGGACAAGUACCGGCUGCGGAAGAAGUUCCCGCUGCCCAAGACCAUCUGGGACGGCGAGGAGACCGUCUACUGCUUCAAGGAGCGCUCCCGCGCCGCGCUCAAGGCCUGCUACCGCGGCAACCGCUACCCCACGCCGGACGAGAAGCGCCGCCUGGCCGCGCUCACCGGCCUCUCGCUCACGCAGGUCAGCAACUGGUUCAAGAACCGGCGGCAGCGCGACCGGACCGGGGGCGGCGGCGGCGGCGCGCCCUGCAAGAGCGAGUCUGACGGGAACCCCGCCACUGAGGAUGAGUCCAGCCGCAGCCCUGAGGACCUGGAGAGGGGGGUGGCUCCAGUGGCAGCGGAGGCCCCUGCCCAGGGCUCCAUAUUCCUGGCUGGGGCCGCCCCGCCUGCGCCAUGCCCUGCCUCCUCCUCCAUCCUGGUGAACGGGAGUUUCCUGGCCGCCAGCAGCUCACCAGCCGUGCUUCUCAACGGGAGUCCCGUCAUCAUCAACAGCCUGGCCCUGGGGGAAGCCUCCGGCCUGGGCCCCCUGCUGCUCACAGGGGGCGGGGGCGCCCCGCCACCACAGCCUAGCCCCCCGGGGCCCAGCGAGGGCAAGGUCUCCUUGGUCCUGGACCCUCAGACCGGGGAGGUUCGACUGGAGGAAGCUCAGCCUGAGGCCCCGGAGACCAAGGGGCCCCCGGUGGCGGCUGCGUUGGGACCGCCUGGGGAGGAGGUGCCAGUGCCUCUGCCCCAGGUGGUGCCUGGGCCCCCGCCGGCUGCCGCCUUUCCUCUGCCCCCAGGCCCAGUGGCUUCUGUGGCUGCUCCACAAGUGGUGCCACUUUCCCCACCCCCUGGGUACCCUGCAGGCCUGGGCCCCACCUCCCCGCUAUUGAAUCUGCCCCAGGUGGUGCCCACCUCACAGGUGGUGACUCUGCCACAAGCUGUGGGGCCACUGCAGCUGUUGGCAGCUGGGCCAGGCAGCCCCGUGAAGGUGGCAGCUGCAGCGGGCCCUGCUAAUGUGCAUCUGAUAAACUCCGGGGUGGGCGUGACGGCCCUGCAGCUGCCUCCGGCCACGGCCCCAGGAAACUUUCUCCUGGCCAACCCCGUGUCUGGCAGCCCCAUCGUGACGGGUGUGGCCGUGCAGCAGGGCAAGAUCAUCCUCACUGCCACCUUCCCCACCAGCAUGCUGGUCUCCCAGGUCCUGCCGCCCGCCCCCAGCCUGGCCCUGCCCCUGAAGCCAGACGCAGCCAUCUCAGUGCCCGAAGGAGCCCUCCCCGUGGCCCCCAGCCCCGCUCUCCCAGAGGCCCACGCCCUCGGCGCCCUUUCUGCCCAGCAGCUGCCACAGCCACCAGCUGCCCCUGCCGCCACCAUUGCUGCCAGCCUGCCCUUCUCCCCAGACUCCUCCUGCCUCCUGGCUGGCUUCCCGGCGCCCCCACCCGAAGGCCUCAUGCUGUCACCUGCAGCCGUGCCCAUCUGGCCUUCGGGCCUGGAACUGAGCACAGGCACAGAGGGGCUGCUAGAAGCGGAGAAGGGGCUGGGGACGCAGGCCCCCCACGCUGUGCUGAGGCUCCCGGACCCUGACCCCGAGGGGCUGCUCCUGGGGGCCACAGCAGGGGGCGAGGUGCAGGAGGGGCUGGAAGCCGAGACCAAGGUCCUGACCCAACUGCAGUCGGUGCCCGUGGAAGAGCCCUUGGAACUGUGA